ACAAGAAGCAUGGCUAUUCAAUCUCCUACCACAAGCUACCUCCCUUCUUCUUCACUCCACCGCGGGCGACGACCCUCCGUCCUGCUCCUCAAACACCCUCGCCCCUCCUCCUCCUCCUCUUUUGUCGCGGUCGCAAUCACCACAGGGAUUCGGCGCGUUAGCAGCAUUAAUUCGAAUGCGAAUGAGCAGUCGCCAGUCACUAGGCGUUCGGCAAACUACACGCCGAGUAUCUGGGAUUAUGACAUUCUGAAGUCACUGAGUGCAGAUUAUGCGGAGGAGAGAUAUGUGGAGGGGAUCCAGAGGAUGAAGGAAGAGCUGAAGGACAGAUUGGAGAGGGAGACACAUUGGUUGGCGAAGCUUGAGCUCAUCGAUGCGAUUCAAAGGCUUGGGCUGCAAUACCAUUUCGAGAAUGACAUCAAAAGGGCAUUACAAGUCAUCCGUGACGAUUCGAAUGAUGCUUGUUUUUCAAGUGAUCUCCGCUCGACUGCGCUUGGAUUUAGACUUCUCAGACAGCAUGGCUACGAUAUAUCUCAAGAUGUGUUUCGAAGGUUUAUUAACAAGAUGGGUACCUUCAAGGAAUCACUCGAGAAGGAUGUGAAGGGGCUUCUUGGUCUUUAUGAAGCUUCUUUUCAUGGAUUGGAAGGUGAAAGCAUACUGGACGAAGCUCAGGAUUUCGCUUCUAAGCAUCUGAAGAAUCUGAACCUCGAUGAAAUUCCAACUUGUUUGGCGAGAAAAGUGCUUCAUGCAUUAGAUAUGCCAAUCCACUGGAGGCCAAACAGAUUGGAGGCUCGGUGGUUCAUGGAAAUGUACGAGAAGCAGCAAGACAUGAUCCCCUCUUUGCUACGAUUGGCUAAAAUAGACUUCAAUUUAGUGCAGUCAAUCCACAGGAAGGAAGUUAGCAAUCUGGCAAGGUGGUGGGUUGAACUGGGCGCGAACAAGAUGACAUUCUUUAGGGACAGGCUAGUGGAAAACUAUUUUUGGUGCUGUUUAAUGGUUUUUGAACCUCAAUAUACAGCUUUCAGAGAAAUGACAACAAAGAUCGGUUGUAUGGUGACACUCAUCGAUGAUGUUUAUGAUGUAUAUGGGACACUGGAAGAGCUUGAGCUCUUAACAGAUUUCAUUGUCAGAUGGGAUAUCACGGACGUCGAUAACCUUCCUCCAACAAUAAGGGAUAGUUACAUUGCCUUGUACAACACGACCAACGAAAUUGGGUAUUGGACAAUGAGAGAGCAAGGAAUCAACCCCAUUCCCUACAUGCGAAAAGUGUGGGCGGAUGAAUGUACGGCGUACAUAAAGGAGGUGCAUUGGUACAACAAGGGGGUUAAACCAACACUGAAGGAGUACAUGGGCAAUGCGGUGGAUUCAAUAGGCGGGCUGAUUUUGCUGUUGCACAGCUACUUCCUAACCACAGACGAAUUGACGCAAGAGGGACUUGAUUACGUGUCGAAAAUCCCGAGUCUCAUGCAUUCUUCCGCCAAGAUUCUUCGACUCAAUGAUGAUCUCAGCACAUCAUCGUAUGAAUUGGCACGAGGAGACAACUUCAAGGCGCUAGAAUGCUACAUGAAUGAAACUGGCGCUUUGGAAGAGGCCGCGCGGCAACACAUCAGGCAUCUAAUGCGCAAGACGUGGAAGAAGAUCAACGGAGAUGUGUUUGAGGACCACCCAUUUCCCGGGUUCAGGCCUUUUCUUGGGGCAUGUUUGAACUUGGCGCGAGCUUCUCAGUGCUUUUACCAGUAUGGAGAUGGACACGGCCUUCCUGAUCACGAGACCAAGGACCAUAUUGUGUCAACUUUAUUCGAACCUGUGCCCCUCGAUUAGGGAUGC